AUGAAACCACAGCCAAUUCUCCAGAGGCUCCUCUUUGCUGUAGCGCUUCUAGCAUCGCAAGGUUACUCCCAGCGAGGUGGUGGUGGUGGUAGGAACCGUGGCGGCAACGGGGGCGGGGGUGGAGGCGGAGGUGGAGAUGGAGAUGGAGAUGGAGGUGGAGGCGGGGAUGGGGGCCAAAAUCAAGGCAACGCAGACGAACUGCUAUUACUAGAAGCAAACGUUCAAACGGCUAGUCAGGCCGAUGGUGCCGACGGUGGCUUUACACCAUCAGAGACAGAUGAUGCGAAUUUCAUCAACUUCUGCACGGGGAAGACUAUAAGUAAUGGUCUUCAGGUCCAGGGUGGAAGCUGCAACCCUAUCCCGAUGGGGGAUAUUCCCGCGGCGGAUAAGAUGGUCUCUGUGAUAAUCCUCAGUCCCGAAGAAGGGUCUUCCAUUCCUGCCGGCCAGGAAUUCAACAUCGUCGUCAAGGUCAACAACCUCGAAGCCGGCUCUUUCGUCAAUCCAACAACAAACUACUAUACCUCUCCCCAACAGCUUAAUGGAGCAGGUAUCACCAUUGGUCACACUCACGUAACAAUACAGUCACUUGGCGACUCAUUCACGCCCACAACACCACCUCCUGCCGAUGUCUUUGAGUUCUUCAAGGGCAUCAACGACGCCGGUGAUGGGAAUGGUCUUUUGACGGCCUCGAGCGGUGUUGAAGGGCUGCCGGCGGGGUUUUAUAGGCUUUGUACCAUCACUUCGUCGAGUAAUCAUCAGGCAGUUAUCAGCCCGGUGUUUGAAAGAGGUGCGCAGGAUGAUUGUACAAAGUUUCGAGUUGUUGAAGGUGGUCAGGGAGGUGGCGGUGGUGGUAACGGCAAUGCUGGUGAUGGCAAUGCUGGUAAUGGCGAUACUGGCAAUGGCGCUGGUAACGCUGAUGGUGGUAACGGUAAUGCUGAUAACGGUAACGCUGGUAACGGUAAUGCUGGUGAUGGUAAUGCUGAUGGUGAUGGUAAUGCUGGUGGUGAUGGAGGUAAUAAUAAUGGGGGUGGUGGCGGUGGUGGCGGUGGUGGAAAUGGUGAGGAUGGAGGUAAUAAUAAUGGGGGUGGUGGAGAUGGUGGAGAUGGUGGAGAUGGUGGAAAUGGUGGAAAUGGUGGAAAUGGUGGAAAUGGUGGAAAUGGUGGAAAUAACGGCGGCAAUGCAGAAGGCGAUGCUGGUGCUGGAGAUGGUGCGGGAGGUGGUGGUAACAAUAACAACGGUGAUGGAGGCAAUGGUGGAGCCGGAGACGGAGGCAAUGGUGGAGCCGGAGACGGCGGCAACGGCAACGGCGAUUUUGGAGAUGUCCCCUUUUUUGGUGAGAACGCUGCAAGCGAUGCAUUGGCUGGUAUUCCAGUCAAAAAGGCGAGGCUUAGGUUUGUUCGUGGAUAG